CGUGAACCUCAUUGGCAGAAACAUGGGAUUCUACACUGCUGGUAAGCACAAGGAGUUCUUCUCGCGCUUCAUCCAACCAUUUUGAAGUCAUGCUAGUUUCUUCAAGUGAUGCUGCCAAACGUUCCUCUAACUGACUCUUCUCCUUCUGAAUAUCAGCAAUGGUGUUCUCCAUUUCUCCCCUACAAUGUUGCAAACUAUCGAUCUCCUGUUCUUUCAGCAUAACUGUGCGCACAAGCUCACUGAUCUUUGUUUCGAGAACCUCAUUGGCAGAAACAUGGGAAUCUACACUGCUGCAAUGGUGUUCUCCAUUUCUCUCGCACAAUGUUGCGAACCAUCGAUCUCCUGUUCUUUCAGCAUAACUGCACGCUCACUGAUCUUUGUUUCGAGAACCUCAUUGGCAGAAACAUGGGAAUCUACACUGCUGCAAUGGUGUUCUCCAUUUCUCUCAUACAGUGUUGCAAACCAUCGAUCUCUUGUUCUUUCAGCUGAACUGUAUGCACAAGCUCACUGAUCUUUGUUUCGAGAACCUCAUUGGCAGAAGCAUGGGAAUCUACACUGCUGGUAAGCAUGAGAUCUUCAUGCGCUUCAACCAAGCAUUUUGAAGUCAUGCUACUUUCUUGAAGUGAUGCUG